AUGGGUAAAAAAAUAAGACAAGUUAAUGAAAUUACAAAAGAAAGAAAUUCAAUAUUCGAUUACAAUGGAGAAUUUUCUAACGAAAAGAACCAAACCUAUCUUUUGUUAAUCAAGCAUUUAUUGGAUAACAAUGAAAUCAAGAUCAUCAAAGUUGAAAAUGAUAAUUUGAUUGGAAAUUAUAAAAAAAUUGGAUUGCAUAUCAAAUGUUUAUUCGAACAAGAAUGUUAUAUGAUUAUGGAAAAUGAAGUUAGAAAAUUUGAAAGAGAAUGUGAUAAGCAAAGAAUUGGAUUUUUAGUUUCUAAUGUUUAUAUUUCUGAUGAAGCUAUUAAACGAAUAGAAAAUAAUGAUAGAAUGUAUUUAUGUCAUGAAAAUGAAAUAGUUGAUGUUAUUAAGAAUGUUGAAAAACAUAUACAUAAUAUAAAUGAUUUAAUUGAAGAAUUUGAAUUUUAUAAUGAAUUACAAAAAGAAAUAGUCAAUCGCCAAGAAUUAUUAAUAAAGCAAUUAAAAGAAAUUAAAUAA